UCAGUUUCGAGUUCGUGUCAGAUGUGCUCGGUCGUGUGUAGCAGAGCACACACAACAUUGCUGAAGUACGCGUCGGGGAGGUGAACCAGUUCCACUGCCGCUGCGGACUUCACCGGCGCGGCGUAAAUAUUUACUUACUGAUUGAGUGUUCGUCUAUUACUUGGUGUGAGAACAAUGGGGGAAGACAGGACCACGUGUUCUGAAAAGAAGCCAAAUGAUGUGAUUGCACCCCCUUGCCGCCACAGACAUUCCUCCGUGAUAUCUUCUUGCUCAGAGGAUGCGGAAAGUGAAUCUACAUCCACUGGAUAUCCCCAAUCUCCUGAUGAAGAAAAGGAAGAAGAACUGGAAUAUGGUCCGGGAAUCGUCAACAAAUUACGAACCCGAUUCCUCAGCAUCAGCCUUAAGCAGAAUCGUGGCAUAAACAGCAUGCGGCGAUCAUGCAGCAUGGAAAAUUUACUGGAUCAGGAUAGGCCUUGCAAAUCUUUGGAGAAGAACCUUGGAAUAGUCAAUGGUGUCCAGACCACUACCCCCUGGGGUAAUCUAAAGAAGGCGAAGAGUAUGGACUCUCUUCUUGCUGAAAUGCGCCCAGACUCACCUUCAAUGAAGGAUCUGCAUCUGGAAACCAACGGAGAGAGUAAAAAGAUUCCGAGAAUUGUUAAAAACAGAGAAUGUUGUUUGAGUCGUUUAUGCGAUGAAGAACUUCCCAAACCAGAUACUGUCAAGACUUACAAGCGUAUGUUUGAACCAGCUGAGUCCAGAAGAGGAUCUCACUGUAGAAGACCCCCGGUGUUGAGAGCCAGUGCAAAGUCUUGUGCGGCUUCUAAAAUCAAUGGGGUAGCAACCAACACGAGUGCCAAAGUGAAUGGAGUAGCCACGAAAAGUAAAUGUAGUGCCAAACAGUCACCCCCUUUGAAAGCUCAAUCAACCCCCGAGUCUGCACCUGCCAUUAAUGGAAACGUCAAAAAACCAGUAGUGAACGGAGAGCCAUCGAGACCAUUGUAUAAUGGAUGCCACAUCGUGAAAGCAAGUCCAGUGAAGGUAACCAACAACAGCGCCUUGAAAAAUGGAAAAGACGUGGAAAAGAACUUAAAUUCUAUCAAUCGACUCAUGAACAAGAAAGAGGUGCAUUUCUCCAACAAAGCAGAUGUUAUUAUAAAUGGAAACGGAUGUCACAAUGAGAUUUUGAAAAUCAAAGCAAAUGAUGAAGUAGUGAAACAAUUUAACAAACCUAUUGUCAACAAUUUGAUUGUGAAUGGAAAUCUUAAACCAAAAGUUCCAUCGAAUCGCCCAUCUUUGAAGUCCCCUAAGCCUGUACUUAAUAAGCCCGAGGAGCAGAAAGUAAAUGACAAAAUUAUUCCUCCCAAACUAAAACCGAAGCUCACCAAUGGAUUAAAGAAGCCUUUUGAAGUCGAACCUAAAAUUGCGCCAGCAGUUCCACCGAGAGAAGUGGCGAAAGAUCCCGAGCUAAAUAAAUCUAAGGUGGAACCCACAUCACCUGAGAUUGGAAAAGAAGAAAUCAAAUUCCCAGUUGACGAUGAAAAGAAAGAUAUCCCAGAACUUCAACCUGAAAACAAAAUGAAUGGUGACAUUCCUCUAACAGUAGAAAAUAAUUCUGAAAAAGAAGAGACAACACCCCAAGACGAAAGAUCUCCCCACACCCCCACCGAACCCAAAAAGAAAGAAGAUAUCAAGCCCUUAGUGAAGGAAAAUCGCAAAAUCAGUGAAAGGACUGGUCACAGUGAUCUUAGAAACACCAGCAACAAACUUCCGAAAGCACCAGUGUUGAAUUCCCCUCUUAAACCCGAAAAUGGACAUUUAUCCCUUUUGAGUACAGAUAAAUCGCAUACUUCCAAACAAGAGACAGUUCAAGACAAAGAAGUGAAACGGGACUUCAGACCUGUGAAAAAACAGAAGUCACCCCAACAAACGACAUCCAUAGUGUUUGAUUUUCGUGGCAAGGAUGUGGUGCCCCAUGUGGCUGUCAUGCCUACCCCAUUUGGAUGCAAGUCUCUUCAUCCCAAAAAACGCCCUGUCGUCGAUGGGAAGGAAGUUCCUAACGGGGCUGCCACGGAUGAUGAGGACGAGGAUUAUGUGGAUUAUAGUGUCCCACCACCAUGUGGUGUGAUCUUUGAAGGCGAAAAUGUGAAAAUAGGCCGGGGAUCUAUACUUGCAACAAGGAACAAAGAUCUAAAAAUCACGUUCGACGACGACGUGGAUAGCAACACUUUCGUAUAUCCAUCCGAAACUUCCCUCUUGGAAGAAAUGGAUCGCUCCCUGUCGCCGACGACCCCACCUGAAAACGAAAUCAUUCCCAACGGCCAACCACCCCCUUCGUCUUCAAAGCUCAAGAUAAACACCUCCAUUGGAAACUCGAGUGCGGGCGGCUUGUCCACCUACACCCCGAGUGUCCUGCGCACCGUCGAUAACUUCGAGCCGGGCAUGUUCCGGCCCUCUUCCGCUCCACCGGAAAAGGAAGACGAAAAGAACCGGAACUCGGAGGAGGAAGAGAAUAAGGAAAUCCGUGAUGAGCAUGAUGGGGACGCGUCGUCAGAGAUGCUGAAACCGGCAGAUCCUGACCUCAUCUCCUCUUGGUCCCUCUCGGCUGGAACCUCGGAUCUACUCUUCUGAAAUUCUGUUCGCAACACAUCGGAAGCCAUUGGUACUCCUUGUCGAAGACAACGGAACCAUGUGACGUCAUACUGUGGAUUCAUCGGACUCCCUGAUUGGAGGCCGGGCUUAUGGAAAAUAAAGGGACUCUUCUGAAAAUUGUUCCAAUUUGUACUUUGUGACAGAGGUUACGGUCCAAAACGGCUGCUUUCGCGGCAGUCGGUGUUCACCCAGUCGUUUCGUUCAUCAUAUUUGUACAUUGAAAUGAAAAGUAAAACAAGGAAUCUGUGUUUCAUUUUAUUUUUUGUAAUAAAAAGUAUUCUUACAUUCGUU